AAGCUAUAUUAUAAUAGCGUUGUUUCUUCUCUGUACCACUCAUUGUCUACGGCCAUCUUGGUAAAUACCUGAACCGGUGCUGGGAAAAAACGUCUAAUUUAUUUGGUCCCUUUUGUCCUCAGUUCAUGGAGCAUAUUUGACAAUGAUGUCAGGAACCAAUGUUAAUGAUUGGACCAUUGAUUACUACAUUGAAAACAAACCAACUUGCAAUUUAAUACUUAGAAACGUUCAUAUACUGAGGGAAAUCCCAUCAUUAAAUUACUUUCCCCUUGAUGACUUCAGAGAUGGUCAGUUAGUAAGGUAUGAAGGGAUGGUACAAGAUAUACGUAAUCCUGAACAUUACUAUGAAAAUUUUGAAGUAAAAAACUUAGAAACUGGAGAAUGCUAUCUUAAAAGUGGAAUGUACAGAGAUAUUAUGAAAUGUGCAAAAAAUGAACAACUGAAUUUGGAGUCAAGUAAUAACAAACGUGAUGAACGUAAAACAUACGUUGUAAUUUCUAUCCCUGGUCUGAAUCCAUGGGCAAAAGAGUUGAAUCCACCAGGGAAAAUAAACAGCAACUCGUCUUGUAGUAAUCCGGCUGGAAAAAGGUCACUUGAAGAUGAUCAAGGUGAGCCAAUGGAUUCUAGUAACUUAGAGCCUGCGCCAAAAAAAGAGAAGUCUGAUAAACAUGAGUCACAAACAGAUGCAUUGGACACAGAUGAAAAGAAACCAAUGGUCGUUUCUAAGGAAUAUUUACUUAAUUUUCCGAUACCAAUUGAUGAUGGAAAAUCAGCUAUUGUUAAGGUUUAUGCUGACUGUCCCACAUUUAAAUUAAAUCAAUUAAUUGAAAUCAUUGGAUUUAUUUCUAAGGAUCCAAUUUUAAGUCAUGUGAACAAUUCUGACGAGUAUCUGGAUAAUAUUGAAGUUCAAAUUCAUCAUCCACCAGCAUCAAUAAUUCCGCGGGUGCAUGCUAUUAUAGCUAAACCAUUAUUAUUGAUCCCAGAAUUAACAAUGCAACCAGAAUUUUUGUCACAUAUCAACAUGGUAAGAGGUGAUUUACACAUGGUUUUGAGCCAACUGCUCUUUGGUGAUAAUUUAGCUGCUGAUUUUGUAAUCUGCCAUCUCUUAUCAUCAGUUUAUAUGCGACGGGAUUUUUUAUGCCUUGGAAAUUUUCCGUUAAAUAUUACCAACUUUCCUAGAAAGUUUUCAACAUUUCCUAAAGAUAUUUAUAAUUUUCUAUCAAAAAUUGUUGCCAAAAGCCAUUAUUUUGAGUGUACUUUAGAUGCUCUUAAUGAGUUAAGUCUGGUUCCUAAAAAGGAUUAUGAUUCGAAUCGUUUAACCAGUGGAAUGUUACAAUUAAGUAAAAAUACUCAUUUAAUUAUUGAUGAAACUAAUUUAACAAGUGGACAAGUUUCUGUUAGUGGUCAAUUAAAUUACAGAGCAAUUAGUGAUUUAGCUAGAUUUCAAAAACUCAGUUAUGAUUUCAAAUUUUAUGCGCUGGAUUAUGAAACUGAUAUUCCAGUGUUAAUUUUAUCUAAAGUGAAAUCAUUUAUACCUUGUAUUAUGCAAAUUCCAUUGAAAAGCGAUCCAGAAACUGAAGAUAUGUAUGCUCAAGUUGUAGAGGCUGCAAAUCAAUAUUUAUCAGGUGAAAAUAGAUUAAAUAAUAUUCGAUAUUAUUUAGAAUCAUGUCGACGCAUAACGUUUGUACCUGGUGAAGAUAUUUGCAGUGUUAUUCAGGAAGAUUUUGUAGAAUUAAGAAAGGUAAAUAAGUUUGUGACUGCUGACAAUCUACAUUCUAUGAUAGUAUUUGCUAAAUUAAUGGCUAUGUCUUAUGGAGAGGAUUCAUUAACGGUUGAGCGUUGGAAGCAAGCAUUUGGUCUUGAGAAUGAACGUAUGAGCAGACUGCCACGGCGUAAUGAAUGAAUAAUAGUAAUAAUACAGUAGAAUCUUUCAGAGGUCUGCUCUCUCAAAACUCUAAUUUUCAUGAAUCGACUCAUUUUUUACUUAAAAGUAUUGAGAUACAUUAUUCAAUGUAUCUUAACAAUUAUUGGCUCAAGCUUGUGCAGUAUUUUUAUAUACAUUUUAGUACUCUCUCAAAAGUCUAAGAGCCCCAAAUUGUCAAACCUUUGAGAAAUUCUACUGUUAAAAUAAGUAAAAUCAAUACAAACAUUGUCAAUAAACAAUUGUUAAUGAUUUACUCUUUGUUUACGACGAGAAUAAAUUAUAUUCUAAUUACAAUAAC